UGAAGAAAAAAAAGACGCUAUUUAUGGUAGUUGGUGUCAGUAUCAGUGUUUCCAACACCCGUGAAGGCAGCAUUAACACAGGCUGUGUGACGCGUUUUUGGCCAGGCAAGGACACGCAGGGCUGGGAUGACAUUGUGUUCAUGGAGGUGGAAAACUUGCCCCUGUAGCUGGAAAUCCAACUAGGUCAUUAGGUGUCAAGGACACAGUCUGUGUGUCCUUGCAGUGUCCUCUUUGCCAUUGGUGAUGCUCUGCUAGUGACUGGGGUUUGCCUCGGCCCCUGAAGUGAAUGGCUGUGAGCAGAGGGUGUGUCGCCUUCUGGGUGGGUUGUGUCUGCAGCCAUGGCAGAAGGCAACCCAUCACGAAAAACAGUUGGACUCUCAGCCAGGCAGUUGACUGGUUGUCGAUACAUCAGACACGCCCCCUGAGCAGUGCAUCAUGGGCCCUGGCGCCACCCAACAGCCUGAGAUAUCAGAACAUCAAGCAGCCAGUGCUAUCCAACCUGUUUCACAAUGCCAGCCAGUCUCAGAGAGGAGGUUACUACGAGGAGGACUGGGAGGAGUCACUCAGUGUGUGUGUUCUGGUGCCACAGGGUGAGUCAGACAGUCUCCAUACCCUGUUGGAAAUCCCUCUCUUCGGUCACAAUAAACUAAGAGAGAUCCUCGCUCUGGGGGCUUACAAGUCCUCAGAGUUCUCCUUCCCCUUAACCAUUGUGGACGGCAGCAGAGAAGAUGACAUCCUCAUGGACAGCUUCAAGAGAAACGAUGCUGAUGCUGUAAAGAGAGAACAUGGCUGCUUCAGAAGUCUGUUUGAAGCAGAGAAGUGUCCUGCUCCAUUCAUGUAUGGCUCUCAAUUUUAUUGUUUCCAUUGCCCGGGCACGGAGCCUGUGCCUGGCAGUAGGCUGAAAUCUAGGGGGCAGGGUACUGGACUUGAUAGCAAGGCUGUGGAGCUGCCUCUUCUGCAUCCUACCACUCUGUGUGGCCUUACAGACAGAGCAGAGGGUGGGGAUACUGAAGGAGACAAUGAAGGAGAGGAGCAACUGGCUGUAAUGUAUGACAGACUGAGGAUGGAGCUUCCAAAUUUCUUUAUACAGAAUCAUGAUUUCACCAUGUACUCCAAUGAUGUGGAAUUCCUCAAUGGCCUCAUGAAUACCAAGACCAGAGGGCGUGUGCUGUACCACCUCACUCUCUCCCUAUGGCGCCUACUGUGUCUGUGUUACUACGCUGAGGCUCGGCUGGAGGUGCUGAAGCUCACCAAGCACAUAGAGGACAAAAGCAUUAAGGCUCGCUGGAGGAUCAGGGGCCUUCCCAUCUACUCCCUGCUGCUGCGCUUCUAUCGCAAAGAUAAAUCACAGCUCUACAGGACAUAUGAUGCAUUCUCUACAUUUUACAUUGGACGGGAUGGACUCAUUAAUUGCCAUAAAGUUGAAAAGGUGAUGCCAGCUCAGCCCCCUUUCCUGCCCAGAGUUACUUCCCUUCUGGCGGGGGCUCUGGUGGCUCUGGGAGUGCAGGAGCACAGACCUGCCCUCAACCUGUUGCCCCUCCUCCUGUCCUCACUGCGACAUAGCAGAAACCAACCCCAGGAUGACCAUUAAAGGAUAAAUGGCCAGUGGAAUCGACAGUAUGUCCAAGUGGACUGGACAUUCAUCAGCCUCCUUCAGCCUGAAAAACCUCAUGCAACAAAAAGGUGACAGUCAAAACAACAGGCUGCUCAGCUCUGGAACAGGAAUGUUUAUAGACUUCAACUGUUUUCUCAAAAAAGCCCUUAAACUAAAUAUGACAAAAUGUAUCCCCAUUAGUCUAUAUUGCUAAAUGAAAAGAAAUCUCUGUGGGAACAGUUUCUACUAAACCUUAGGUUUGAAGUUGUGCCUAAAAUGAGUUGAUACGCACACUCAAGAUGUUUGUUGUGACUUCACUGUAAAGUUUCACCCAGCUCGGCAAAGCAUGCGGUAACAGUAGCAUUCUCUGGUGUGUCAGUCAUACUCGUCAGGUUCUGUAUUGAUUAAUUUCCGUGUGUGUGUGUGUGUGUGUGUGUGUGUGUGUGUGUGUGUGUGUGUGUGUGUGUGUGUGUAUACAUUUACUCCUGCAACAAUUCAUGUGUGAAUCCUGGUUCUGUGAAUAAACAAUCUCAUGAGUAACAAUGUU